AUGAACUUGAACUGGCACUUCCUGUACAGCCCACUGGGAGUGCUGAGGCUGCUGCAACUUCUGGUUGGGGCCACCAUCAUCAUCCUCACCGCCAUGAGCGGGUUCCAGGGCCUCGUGUACUUCGCACUCUUCAUGUCUACAUUCUUCUGCCUGACGACCCUGAUCCUCUUCUUCAUCACGUUGCUUGACAAAUACAGGGUGGGGGUCAACGUGAUUCAUGACCUGCUGGCGACUGUGCUGUACAUCGCCUUGAUGGGCAUCAUGAUCGACCAGACACUGUACCAUAGUUACUGCAACAUCGAGGAUUACCGGCUGCCCUGCGCCUACAAUGUCUUUCUUAGGGCCGCUGUCUGCUGCAGAUUCUGCCUUGUUCUCUACUUCUUCUCGACAUGCUACCAAUGA